GUGGGUGGUACCAGACAGGAGGUUCUGUCCAGCAGCCCAAUGACUCAGCAGAACCUGGAGAUAAAGGAGGAAGAACAUGAGAUCGAAGUGGACUCGAACCAACGAGAGGAGGCGUUAGACGAGAGCAACGACUGGACACCAGGUUCUAAACGGCAGAAACCCAAAACCAAGAAAAGAAAAACUAAAAGAGUCAUGAAGAAGAAGAAGAAGGAGGAGGAGGGUAAAGUUUCCUGCCAGGUGUGUGGGGCCUGGUACCACCAGCUGGGGAGUCUGAUCUUGCACACCUGGACUCACGUGGACCAGCAGCAGGAYGUUUGUGGCRUCUGCGGAGUGAAGUUCGAGUCCCUGGAGGAGUUGAAGGAGCACCUUAAAACUCACCAGGACGUCCACAGGUGUCCUCACUGCGGGAAGACCUUCAUCUCCACCAUCGGGCUCAGGUGUCACGUCGCCCGGCACACAGGAAGUAGUCUGCUCCGGUGCUCCGACUGCGACAAGACCUUCACAAGCUCCACGGCCCUGAGGUACCACCGCUGGGUCCACGUCCAAAACAAACCGUACAAAUGUGACCUGUGUCUGAAGACGUUCGGCGUGAAGCCGCAGCUCGUCUCCCACAGGAAGCUGCAYGCCAGCGCAGAAAGACACGCCUGCAACAUCUGCGGGAAGUCCUUCACCAUCCGUCAGUACAUGACCCAGCACAGGCUGAUCCACGCCGAGGAACACCGCUACGGCUGCAGCAUCUGUGGGAAACUCUUCAAACUGGAGAGGUCGUUGAGGAUGCACAUGAAGAGCCACAGGAUCUCCRCUCAGUCGUUCCCCUGCAGCGUCUGCCGCAAAACCUUCACCACAGACUUCAGACUGAAGGCCCACCUGAAGAGCCACAGCACAGAGAGACCGUUCGCCUGCGACGUGUGCGGCAAACACUUCCUGUUCAAGAGCGGGCUGAAGAAACACGCAGGGAUUCACACCGGAGAGACACCAUACGAAUGUCCUGAGUGCGGGCGCAGCUUCAGRCAGAAGACCAACCUGGACAGCCAYGUGAAGAUCCACUCGGGGGUCAGAAACUUUGUCUGCGGGGUCUGUGGGAAGGCCUGCUCUCGACGGGAACACCUGAAGGUCCACAUGAGGACCCACAACGGAGAGAGACCCUACAAGUGCACCGUCUGUGAGAGAGCCUUCACCCAGAGCCACUGUCUGAAAACACACAUGAAGACCCACCAGACUGAAGAAGACCCCGUCCCUGAUACCCAGACUGAAGAAGACCCCGUCCCUGAUACCCAGACUGAAGAAGACCCCGUCCCUGAUACCCAGACUGAAGAAGACCCCGUCCCUGAUACCCAGACUGAAGAAGACCCCGUCCCUGAUACCCAGACUGAAGAAGAC